GGAGGCGGGCGGGAGACGGGCAGGGGAGGAGUCCCGCGGACGGGCGGGGCCGGCCGAACUGCUGGGCCGUGCAGGGCGCAGAGCCGGGGAAACGCUGCUGAGACUCGGCUCUGUGCGCCCAGGAGCGGCUGAUGCUCCUCCGCGCUCCCCACUCUGCUACAGCAGCCGGGCCGCAUCUGGACUGCGUGCUCCGCGGCGGGGCCGACAGCAGGCCACAAUGCUGCUUGGGGCGUCUCUGGUGGGGCUGCUGCUGUUCUCCAAGCUGGUGCUGAAACUGCCCUGGACCCAAGUCGGCUUCUCCCUGCUCUUCCUCUACCUGGGGUCUGGCGGCUGGCGCUUCGUCCGAGUCUUCGUCAAGACCGUCAGGCGUGAUGUCUUUGGCGGCCUAGUGCUCCUGAAGGUGAAGGCCAAGGUCCGACGCUACCUGCGGGAGCGGCGCACGGUGCCCAUCUUGUUCGCCUCCACGGUCCAGCGCCACCCGAACAAGACGGCCCUGAUCUUCGAGGGCACGGACACCCACUGGACCUUCUGCCAGCUGGAUGACUACUCAAGCGGCGUGGCCAACUUCCUGCAGGCGCGGGGCCUGGCUUCGGGCGACGUGGUCGCCCUCUUCAUGGAGAACUGCAAUGAGUUUGUGGGCCUGUGGCUGGGCAUGGCCAAGCUGGGCGUGGAGGCGGCGCUCAUCAACACCAACCUCCGGCGGGACGCGCUGCGCCACUGCCUGACCUCCUCCCAGGCCCGGGCCCUCAUCUUUGGCAGCGAGAUGGCCCCAGCUGUCCUUGAGAUCUGUGCCAGCCUGGACCCCUCCAUCAGCCUCUUCUGCACCGGUCCCUGGGAGGCCAGCGCAGUGCCCGCCGGCACGGAGCACCUGGACCCCCUGCUAGAAGAUGCCCCUAAGCACCUGCCCAGCCGCCCCAACAAGGGCUUCGUAGAUAAGCUCUUCUACAUCUACACGUCAGGCACCACAGGGCUGCCCAAAGCUGCCAUCGUGGUGCACAGCAGGUAUUACCGCAUGGCUGCCCUGGUGUACUACGGCUUCCGCAUGCGGCCCGACGACAUCGUCUACGACUGUCUCCCCCUCUACCACUCUGCAGGAAACAUCGUGGGAAUCGGGCAGUGCCUGCUCCAUGGCAUGACGGUGGUGAUCCGGAAGAAGUUCUCAGCUUCCCGCUUCUGGGACGAUUGUAUCAAAUACAACUGCACAAUCGUGCAGUACAUCGGCGAACUCUGCCGCUACCUCCUGAACCAGCCACCCCGGGAGGCGGAAAACCGGCACCGGGUGCGCAUGGCACUUGGCAACGGCCUCCGGCAGUCCAUCUGGACCAACUUUUGUAGCCGCUUCCACAUUUCCCAGGUGGCCGAGUUUUACGGGGCCACGGAGUGCAACUGCAGCCUGGGCAACUUCGAUGGCCAGGUGGGGGCCUGUGGAUUCAACAGCCGCAUCCUGUCUUUCGUGUACCCCAUCCGGCUGGUUCGUGUCAACGAGGACACCAUGGAGCUGAUCCGGGGGCCUGAUGGCGUUUGCCUUCCAUGCCAGCCAGGUGAGCCGGGCCAGCUGGUGGGCGCCAUCGUCCAGCAGGACCCCCUGCGGCGCUUCGACGGCUACCUCAACCAGGGCGCCAACAACAAGAAGAUCGCCAAGGAUGUCUUCAAGAAGGGGGACCAGGCCUACCUCACCGGCGACGUGCUGGUGAUGGACGAGCUGGGCUACCUGUACUUUCGGGACCGCACGGGGGACACCUUCCGCUGGAAAGGCGAGAACGUGUCCACCACGGAGGUGGAGGGCGCGCUCAGCCGCCUGCUGGCCAUGGCCGACGUGGCCGUGUAUGGCGUCGAGGUGCCAGGAACCGAGGGCCGGGCCGGCAUGGCCGCUGUGGCCAACCCCUCUGGCAGCUGUGACCUGGAGCGCUUAGCCCAGCUCCUGGAGAAGGAGCUGCCCCUGUACGCCCGCCCCAUCUUCCUGCGCUUCCUGCCUGAGCUGCACAAAACAGGGACCUUCAAGCUACAGAAGACAGACCUGCGGAAGGAGGGCUUUGACCUAACAGUUGUGAAAGACCCACUGUUCUACCUGGAUGUCCGGAAGGGCCGCUAUGUCCCUCUGGACCGAGAGGCCUACACUCGCAUCCAGGCAGGCGAGGAGAAGCUGUGAUUUGCCCCGAGUCCCUCUGAGGGCCACCGGAUGCUGGACCCAGAGCACCAGCUCCCACCCCAGAGGGUUCCUGGGCAAAGCCAGACCAAAGCAAGAAGGGCCUGGCCUCACAACCCCGAGGUGCCGACCCCCACCCCUCAAAACUGCCAAGGGACUCACUGCUGCCUCCCCCUCCCCCCAAGGCUUUCUGUGAAAGCCUCAUCUCCAUGUUGUGUCUUCAGGGGGCCUCUGGGCCCCAGGCUGAGACUGAGACUGGGCCCCUCAGGAUGAUGUCUUAGGGCAGGACAGGGGAGGUGGAGGGUCACCAAGCACUCUCCAGAGAACAGGCAGCUUGUAAACGGGACCAGGGCAGAAGCCCCCAGACCCAGGAAGCCAGCAGAGUGGGCGGGGGCAGCAGUGGCCGUUGAUCAGGUGUCCGAAUAGGAUCCAGGCCCUGGAGCCACUCAAGCGUCCUCAGCCCUGCCGGUGCCUCUAGGAGGGCAGGAGAGGGACUGACCUGUAGCAGGCAGCCUGGACCUGUAGCAGGCAGCCUGGACGGGGCACCCGUCUCAUCCCCCUCUCUCUGGGUACCUGCCUGGCUGUCCCUCAGGCAGGGCCUCUCUGUCUUUGUGGGUCUGUCCUUGUCCCCUCCUCCGUCUCCGUCCUGGCCUGGCUAUGAAGGGAGAAGGGGUGGGGGGCGCUCAGGGGCCAAUAAACUCUGCCUUCCUCCCCCUG